AUGCAUGCCAGUCAUUAAAUAUUUAGAAUAUUCACACUAGACUAGACAUUAGAUAAUACAUUUAUAACUUAUUUCACAGCAUUAUGUAUCAUACAUCGGAAGACAUGGAAAGUAGAAGAUAAGAAAGUUAUGAGAAAUUUUUGGAAUCCGAAACACAUUAAAAAUUAUUUCUUGUUCAAAUAUAAGAAGGAUCCAAAUCACGGUAUCUUGUUACAUUUAAUUUAUUUUUCUCUCUUCUUCCGAAGUUAA